AAAUAUUCGGAGAACCGCGCGCGGCCUUCUUCCCCUCCCGACGCUUACCUCACCACCCGCAUCUCUGCUGUUAUAUCACCAGCACCCUAUCGGCGCUGCACUCUACCCUUCACAAUCCACAAACGCUCCAAGAAACGAGAUUAAUUGGUAGCUAGCGAUUGAUUGCGGGAACAAUAAUUAACAGGGAGUUCGACCAGCUAAAUCGAAGAGAUGAAGUUUGGCAAGUGGCUUAAGAAGCAGAUCGAGCAGAGUCUUCCGGAGUGGCGGGAGCAGUUCCUGCGCUACAAGGAGCUCAAGCGCCGCGUCAACGCCGUCUCCGGCUGCUGCCCGCCCUCCCUGGCCGAGGAGGCCGAGUUCGUCGCCACCCUCGACGCCGAGAUCGACAAGAUCAACGCCUUCUUCAUCGAGCAGGAGGAGGAGUUCGUCAUCCGACACCGGGAGCUGCAGGAGGACAUCAAGCGGGCGCUGGACCGCAAGGCGGCGGCGGGGGUGCCGGCGGCGCAGCACGAGGCGGAGGUCGCCGCCAUACGCAGGGACAUCGUCAACUUCCACGGAGAGAUGGUGCUGCUCCUCAACUACAGCAGCAUCAACUACAUAGGGCUGGCCAAGAUCCUGAAGAAGUACGACAAGCGCACGGGCGCGGUUCUGUUGCUGCCGGUGAUCGCAACCGUCCAGGAGCAGCCCUUCUACAAGACGGAGACGGUUUCGCAGAUGGUGCGGGAGUGCGAGGCCAUGCUGGAGGCGGUGCCCCCCACGGCGCCGGAGGGGCAGGUCGCUGCGCGCCGGGACUGCGAGGCGCUGGCCGUCGCGGAGCAAAGCAUCUUCCGCAACACCGUGGCGGCGCUGCUCAUCAUGCAGGACGUUCGCGCCGGGAGCUCCACCGAAGGCAGGCACUCGCUGCCGCCGCUCACCCUGCCAGACUCCGACUGGCUCCGCUCCUUCCAACCGCCGUCACCGAUCCCCAUCUUCCAAUGACAAUUGCCAUCAUCCUCUGUGAUUGGCACGCUGGGAAAAUGCUGUGCUUUCUUGCCUGUAAUUUCCAAGUUUUUUAAUCUCUCUUGUUCUAAUGGGAUUUGCCACUUGCUAACUAAGUAGCUAAUAUUCCCGCAAAAAAAAAAACUAAGUAGCUAGUAGUAGUGCUAAACGAAAUAAUGUAAGAUAGUAAGUUGUGAAUUGAUUGAGCUUGGUGCGAUUUGUGAAAAGUACAAAUCUUGUUUUUCUCAUGAAGAACUCUGCUUU